AUGGAUCAGCCAAAUAAUGUUGAAUACUCCCUUUACCUCUUCAUGGACGAGCUGAGUGGUGAACGUUUGGCGGAUUAUAAACACCAAUUUGAGCAGCUCAAGAGGAAUGAACGUGGAGUGAUUACCAUAAAGGAAUUGGGCUACAUGGUACGGUCAAUGGGUGAGAAUCCUUCGGAAAAGGAGCUCGAGAAAAUCUUCAGGGCCUCUGACUUGGACGGCAAUGGCGAGAUCGACUUUAAGGAAUAUUGCUUUGUAAUGGCGCAAUUUGAAAACGAUGAAGAUCGUGAGAUGUGCGACAUCUUCAAAAUGUUCGAUCGAGAUGGUGAUGGUUAUAUAAGCGAACAUGAUUUUUGGAGCUAUUGA